AUGGCUCACGGCGCUUUGGAUGAAAAGGAAAUUUCACCAAUCGUCCAAAGCCCCGUGAUAGCAACUGCUGCCUCAUCCGAAGUCGGCACCAAGCCAAAGGCGACUUGCUUACAGCAAUACUUCAGCGAAGAGAGCCGCAACUUCCAAGGAUCCGCCCUCAAGAAGACAACGAGGUUAAUCUCCAACUUCCUCCCACUUGGGACUGGCCGGCCACACGCUGAGCUUUAUCCAUGGACCAGCGGUGACGCGAACUGGCCAACAUUCCUCAACAAGCCAAACGGGUCUGAGGGUAGAGCCGGAGUCCCAUCCACGUACACCCUCGCCAAUGCGUUGACCUAUGGCACCGCCUUGGGGGCGCCGCCGCUCGUUCAAUUUCUCACUGAGCAUAUGAGAUUGAUACAUAACCCCCCAUACCAAGACUGGGCCGUCUGUCUCACUUGUGGAUCAACUUCUGCACUCGACAUAAUCUUCCGCACAUUCACCAACCGUGGGGAUAUCAUCUUGGCAGAAAAAUAUUCAUAUCCUGGCAUUAUCGAAUCAGCGGCCCUUGCGGGAGUCGAGAUACAGCCAGUUGAUCUUGACGACCAAGGAUUGAGUCCCGACAAACUUGGUCAGAUUCUAGACCAGUGGAACACGCUCGAACGACCGAAGCCCAAGGUGUUAUAUACCAUUCCCUCUGGUCAGAAUCCCACCGGUGUGACGCAAAGUCAAGAGCGCCGCCGGGCCAUCUAUGAGAUUGCUGAGCGUCACGGCUUGAUUAUAGUAGAGGACGACCCCUAUUACUUUAUCCAGCUAGGCCCCAACGCAACUAGCGACGGUAGCAACCCCGAGGCGGUUUCUCGACACUUGGUCCCCUCAUAUUUUUCCAUCGACAAGUCCGGGCGGGUGAUCAGAUUGGAUUCGACAUCCAAAAUACUUGCCCCAGGGCUUCGCGCCGGUUGGGUGACUGCCAGCCGACAAGUCAUUGACAAAUAUGCCGCAUACCAUGACUUGACGACCGUAUCUGUGAGCGGCCUAAGUCAAAUUGUUCUGCAUGAUCUCUUCAACCUCCAAUGGGGCCAAGAAGGUUUCUCAACUUGGCUUCAAACCCUGUCGCUGAAAUAUACGCAGCGACGCGAUAUAACCGUCGCUGCUUGCCAUUCCUUCUUACCCUCCGAUAUCUGCAGCUUCGUGAUUCCGGACCACGGCAUGUUCCUCUGGAUAUCAAUCGACGUACGCAAGCACCCAAUGUACGCCGCUGAAGGACACAUGGGCCAGGGGUGGUGCUCUCAGGUUGAAGACCGUAUCUUGACUCUCGGACUUGCCAACGGAGUUCAGGUUACCAAAGGGUCCUUGUUCUUUACCAAAAAAUCUAGCAAGGAAGCGGAAUUGUUCUUCAGGCUUACAUUUGCAGCGGCUAAAGAACAUGACUUGGCCGAAGGGGUUAGAAUAUUUGCCAAUGCUGUCAAAACUGAGUUCAACUGCCGGGGCUCCCCGUAG